CCUCUACCUCUAGAGCAACAACUUAACAAUGGCGCCGCGCAUGAGUGGGUGUUGUCUGGUAGACAAGGGAGCCGUGGUUGCUCAAAAGACAGUGAAAGAGCUAGAUUGUUCAUGGGAGACUUAUUCAUUGAAAGAACUUCUUCAUGCCACCAACCAUUUCAGUGAGAAAAAUAAACUUGGUGAGGGAGGGUUUGGGACUGUAUACUUGGGACAUACCAACAAAGGAAAACAGAUUGCAGUGAAAAAAUUAAAAGGUACAACAGCAAAGGCCGAGAUGGACUUCGCGGUGGAGGUAGAGAUACUAGGUAGGGUGCGGCACAAAAAUUUGCUAGGACUUAGAGGAUUCUACGCCGGAGGAGAUGAAAGACUCAUUGUCUAUGAUUACAUGCCCAAUCACAGCAUCGAAAGCCAUCUCCACGGCAAUCUAGCAACCUAUGCGUUGCUUGAUUGGCCCCGGAGAAUGACAAUUGCUAUUGGUGCCGCGGAGGGACUUGUCUAUUUGCAUCACGUAGCAAAACCACAUAUAAUCCAUAGAGACAUCAAAGCGAGCAAUGUGCUUCUCGACUCUAAGUUCAAUCCCCGAGUGGCCGAUUUUGGCUUUGCGAAGCUAAUAUCGGAGGAUGUGAGCCAUAUGACGACGAAAGUUAAAGGAACACUGGGGUACUUGGCUCCCGAAUAUGCCAUGUGGGGGAAGGUUUCGAAGAGUUGCGAUGUUUAUAGCUACGGAAUACUUGUUCUUGAGCUUAUCACAGGAAAGAAACCAGUAGAAAAGCUUGAAGAUGGGAAGAAAAGGGACAUUGUACAGUGGGUGACACCAUUUUUGGAGCAAGGCAACAUUGAAGAUCUAGUGGACCAUAACAUUGCUAGUGGUAAGUUUGAAUUUGCUCAACUCAAGGUUGUAUUGAAUGUGGCCAUGGAAUGUAUUAAUAAUAACAGGGAGAAAAGGCCUACAAUGAAGCAAGUAAUAAAAGUGCUUAUGUAUGGGUGGGAGGAGAAGAGGCUGAAAGAGAUCUUAUGGAACAAUGACAGUGAUGGAGAAGAGGAUCAGGAGAAUAAUGUAGGAGAAAAGAAAAAGGUUAGACUCUCUUCAGCUGAUUCUACCCCUAUUAAGAUGGAAAUGAAGAAGAGGUAAUUGGGUUUAGUUUUGCUUUUAUUUAUUUUUUUG